GAUGAGACUAAAUUGUUACGUUUGGCAUACAUUUGGCAAUUAGCAUAAGUGUAAACAUUAUAAAUAUGUUUAACUACAUUAACAGGCAUUAAUUUGAUACUUAGCAUGAAUAUUGUCUGCGACAAGCCAUGCUAACAGUGUUUUGAGAACAAAAAGCAGCAACGAUGUCUAUGGGCUGUCAUAGAUAUCCAUGUGCUUGGGACUGAAAUAUGCAAAAGUAUGAGUUUAUUGAAGAGAACAGGGAGAACAUGAUCCAGAAUCCUGCGGUAUGAAACCUAAGAUACUGAAAGACAAAGAGGUGUGAUGGAGGUGAAGGAGGAAAGUAAAAACCUAAAUGAGGUGGAGGAGCAACAUCCUCACUCCGUCACUGAUGAAACAUCUCUGAUUCUCGCACAGAAAACGAUCAAAAUCAAGAAGUCUUACAUCUGCCCUCAGUGCGGAAAAAGUUUUGCAGGUAAAUCACGCCUCGAGCGCCACAUAAGAAUUCACACCGGAGAAAAACCGUUCACGUGUUUUGUGUGCGCGAAGAGUUUCGCGUGCAAAGAAAGACUCGACAGGCAUGUGAAAAUCCACUCCGGAGAGAAGCCUUUCACUUGUGAAUGGUGCGGAAAGCGCUUGGCGUGUAAAACGAGACUCAAGAGGCACGUGAUUACCCACACUGGAAAAAAGCCUUUCACGUGCUUGCAUUGCGAAAGGAGCUUCACGACGAACACAAACCUGCAGCGCCAUGUCAAACUCCACACUGGAGAAAGACCGCACACUUGCCAAGAGUGUGGAAAGAGCUUCAUACGCAAGGAAAAGCUCAGGUUUCACAUGACCAUCCACACUGGAGAGCGGCCUUACAGUUGCGAACAAUGCGGGAAGAGUUUCCGACACAUCAACGGUCUCAAAGAUCACCAACUCUCUCAUGCCGCCGAAAGGUCUUUUAACUGUGAUCAAUGCGGUAAGGAUUUUAUUACCGCGUCUGCGCUGAAGAGACACCUCAGAGUUCAUUCAGGUGAGAAGCCUUUCUUGUGUUCUCUGUGUGGGAAGAGUUUUGCACGGGUGGACUGCUUUAAAAGGCAUCAGGAGGUCCAUAGUGGUGUGAAGGAUCACGUGUGCUCUGAGUGCGGGAAGGCUUUUAUCACGUCCGACCAGCUCAAGCAGCACCAGAGGAUUCACACUGGAGAGAAACCCUACAAGUGCUCACUUUGUGGGAAGAGUUUCGCUCAGUCGCCGCACCUGAAAGCACACGAGAGAAGUCACAGCACUGACGGCCAUCUGGUAAUAAGCGAUCAAAUCAUCUACUGAUUCAAGUGGACAAUGCAUGAUCCAAAGGUAUCCUGAGAAUCUGAAUCCCAAAAGGAGAAAGAGUGACUUUUUUUGUUUGAACCGAACCUUUUGUUUCAACAUUGCAUCUGAAUACUGUAAAUAAACCAUUCUAUCACUAGGUCUAUACUAGUGUUUGUCUUCAUUAAAAACACAUGACCAGAUGUCAACUCACUUUAUUUAACCAUUGUAUUUGUAGUAAAACUGUGGUU